AUAACCGUUGCAAAGUCCAAGCAUAACGAGAAUAAAUAAACGCACGAUAUAGAAUCUCACCUGUAAAGCAGCUAUUUUCGUUUGUCACUCACUACUACUAUAAAUUUCCGGUGGAAUGAAUGAAGCACUCGCUUUUCUUAACAAUAAUAUUUUAAUAUUUUAUAGCAUAAUAUUUUACAAAUAUAUUUUACAUCGGUGAAAGUGAUAUAACAUUACGAAAGAAACUGAGUAUUUUUAACGUCAAAAACAAAGCAGGAUGGUGUAUAUACGUUUAUUGGUCUUGUUACUUAUGUCAAUAACUUGUGAAGGUGAUUAUGCUUCGGUAUUUAAGUGGAUUUGGGGAAAGGAUACAGAUGAUACUACUGUCUUGGUAGCAGAUGGUGUUCCAUUGAUUUCUAUUCCUUAUGAAUCUAUGACAGAAGAUGAGAAGUUUCUUCAAGAAGCUGCAAAGUUUACAGAAAUUCAAGUGUCAUCACCUUUAGAAACUUGCCAACACAAAGUUAUUAUGAAGAUUAAAACCUCUUGCUCUGGGUUGAGUGAGGAACAACUUGCCAAAUUGAGUGUUAAUCUUUUGAAUUGUCAGUCUGCAGUGGAGGGCAGAAAAAUAUUUCCAUGUACUGAGGAAAUGUCGCUAAAACAAUGUACCACAGAUAUGGAUGCAGAUAUGUGGAAUGCAUAUCAUUUAAUGAGUAACAGAGCCAGAGCAGUUUGUUAUGCAGCUCGCAGUACUCAAUUUCGUGCUCUUACAGAAUUGACUGUGAACAAAUUAAUGCAAACUGCGCACACACAAAUUAAGACACUGAGUUCAUUAAAAGAAGGUCAAGAUCGUCUAGAAGAACAGACUGUAGAAGCUCUAUCGUCUUUGUCAGACGGUAAUAAAGCGUUAUUAGAACAGCAAAAGCGUUUAAAAGAUGCACAAGCAUCAGCUCAUAAUCUCGUGACAACAAAUUUAAGAGAAUUAAACAACGAAAAAGCUUUGAUUCGAUCUGGACACGCACAACUUGCGGCAAUGGCAGACGAUAUCAGAAAGAAAUUAGAAGAGGCAAAUAAAAAUUUGGAGCAACAAGCUAUCGAACGUAGCGAAAACCAUAAAGAAAUACUAGAGGAUUUAUUAAACAUUCAAUUACAAGCACAAUUGAUCUGGGAUAAAAUAGAAUCUAGUACAGAUCGAAUUUUCGCACAACAUGAAGCAGCGCUUGUUCAAUAUGAACAAACUUUACAAAAAUUAGGUCAAAUUAAUGACACUAUUCAAUAUAUUUGGAAUAUAACAAAUACUAUGCAUACAGAGAUAGAUGAGAAGCUUAAUUGGUUGACCAAUUACAUUGGUGAUACUGGAGAACAAAUGCAUCGAAUAUAUCGUAUAAGCUUGCACAUUAUUUAUUUAUUAUUUGCCAUGAUAAUUGCUGCAUUCCUUCAUGCACCACUGCUAACUAGAAUCACUAUUCUGGGACUUGUACCAUUAAACUUAGUAUCUUUCUUGAAGCAUGGCAUGGAUGCUUGUUUGGACUUUGUAUCAAUGAGUGUAUUAAUAUUUUUAAUCACAAUGAUGCAUUUCCUAAUGGUUGGAAUUCAACGUUUAUUUGGUGCAAGAAGAAGAGAAACCCGGUCAGAUCCGAUUCAAACCAUCAACAGAAAUAGUCAUGUAAAUAGUACCGCAGAAUAUGUUUCUUCUUCUUACAUUACUCUAUCACGUCACCUUUCAAUAUCUUUCUACACAAAUUUGAAGAGGAGUACACGGAAAAUUUAUAGUUUUGUCCGUUACCAAAUAAACCGAUCUAUCCAAAAGUUUAGUUCACUGAUACAAGCAAUAACUUCGUGGAGUAAGCAAAGAUUAAUACCACGCGAGGAAUUAACCUGUUCGUAUACUUCCUCCAGGAGAAAUCGCGAAGAUCUUGUUUAUAAUUACGAGCAAGAGCAUCCAAGUAUGUCCGAAGAUAAUACAUACUUUGAACAUUCAAAUUUAACGAAUGAAAGCAACGGAAGUAUCGAUAACCCUGAUCUUCUACUCGAUGCCAAUGAUCUAAGACGAAGGUUAAACAGAAUUGAAAAUUCUGCCAGCAGGUCUUCUUAUUCUCGUCAACAAUCACCCUCCAGAAGUAUUUCUUCAACAUCAUCGAAAGUGAUAUGUAAUGGCAUAACGCUAAGCGGCAGAAGGUGUCGGUCAUAUGCAAUAGGUGGUCCUUAUUGCAGCAAACAUUCCUUUUGACACUCAAUGGAUGACUGAUAAAUUUUUUAACAUAAUGUUAGGUUAAUUUGUUACAUUAAGUUAAUUAGAAUUACUUCUAUCGAGAAUUGAACCGUUUGUAUUACUGUUAAUCAAUUAAAUUAAAUAAUUAGAUAUAAAAUUAUUUUAUCAGUUAGACAAUUUCUUGAACUUCAUAAAUGUCCGUAAUUUUAACAUCGAUAUAAUAGUGCCUUUGAAGCAUUGUCUUCUACAUUCUCAACAUGACAAAUAUUGUAGUUUAUAAAGAAAACAAAAUUGUACAUAAUAGGAUGCUAUACACUUUAUAUUAUAGUUGUUUAUAAGAAGCAUGUAUUUUGUAUUAAAUAUAAUUGUAAUUUAUUUUUAUAAACUCUUUUAUUGUAAAAUCAACAUUAAUAAAACAGUAAGAAUCUA